AUGGAGGUUGUGUUAGGGGUGUCGGAUCAGGUGUUACCAAUAAGCAAUACUUUGGUUACAACAAACCCACACCAUCUAGUCAAUUGCGUUCCGAACUCAAUGUUGUCAAAAUCAGAAUUAACUGUUAUGAAAAACACUCAGGAUUUGUUGUUAAAUUACUUAAUGUCUAUUGGUCAGCUCAACCGAGACCAACUGAAACAAUUUGGUGAUGGUGGUGGUAUCCAAGGGUUAGGGUUCGGGGGUGCCAAGUCUGCCCACUUUCAUAGUACGAAUGGCCAAACACUUCAAGGUGCCUGUUUCCAACUAUCCUUAAAACAGAAUACAAUGCAACAACAAGAAGAUGGUGCUUGGCCUGAGCAUGAGAAUGUGCCUGACAGCAACCAAGUUAGUCGUCGUUUAGAGGGUUUCCAAGAGGGUGGGUUUGGUGGCAGUCAAGGAUUGGGUGAGAAAGAAUACGUGCCUGAAACUGAGUUUGUACUUUCUACUGAGAAAGUCAAUGAUCAACCAUUUCCCCAGGGUGUUAGCAGUUUAUGUUCCUUGGCGAUUGAGAAUGACAAAGGUGUCCAUAUAGUUGCCAUUGGAGAAGUGUACGUUGGUAGGGAAGGAGAAGUGGUCAAGAAUCAUUUCAAAACCGUGCCUAGCGGUCAUUAUCGAGUUUGUAUUAAAGAAGAUAUCAACUCAAGUGCGGAAUUGUCAUGUCCCGACAGGGAAAUAAAAUUCGUUUGUCAAAGCUCGGGUAGAUUUUUAAUAUGGCCUGCUCAUUUGGUUUUUCCGUUAAAGAAGGCUGCUGAUAAACAAAUAACAAAGGAAUUCACCGCGCCAUCUCCACGCUCGCCAUCUCCACGAUCGCCAUCUCCAUGCCCGCCAUCAUCACAGUCAUCAUGCACUCGAAAGUAUACGAUCACUCCAACUGAUAGGUCAAAGUUGACUUCUAAUUUGGUAAAAGUUUUCAAGGAUGUAGCUAUUGGAAUGAAAAAGAGCGGAAAAACCAAAUCCUUCACGAUCCCGGCUAGAGUGUUCCUAAAUGAGCAAUGUGUUAGCCUUGAUUAUGAAGACAUGCUUGAUUGGUGCUUUCAAAGAGAGAUAAGAUCAUCUCACAUGUUGAUUUUAAUGAUGUAA